UCGACCAGUGCUCCGGAUGGUCAAGCUGUUCUCUUCCCUCCUACCGAUGCUGGAAGUUGGUGUGAAGCUUCAGUAGCAGGAGAUCGUAAAAGCUGUUGUUUCUGCCAGCACCGUCUAGACGACGAUAAAUCGAUGAAAAGCAGCGAGGAUAUGGCCUCCCGUCAUCAACCCCCGGUAAAACGCUCCUGCCGUUCACAGAGUGCGAGCUCGAACCAAAAACUCUUCGCCUCCCGUCGGACUAUUGCUCGACCAAUUGCUCUUCGUGUCUCUCAGCGAGCUCUUUACUCGCCUGCCACCUCCGCCGUCUCAAAUCCUUCCAACCUUUCCUCUACUGCACACGCUCUAGUUGCCUCUGGUUGUGUUAAAUUGCGAAAUAGUGGUGCUGUGAAUCAACUUACUUCCGCAGGCUCCCGUCUUUCCUGGCAUCAUCCUAUUGCUUGUGGAAGUAGUGGUAGUGCUAACAGACGAUUUGCCAUCCACCCUGGAUUAUCCAGUGGUUCUCGACAUAGUGUCGUCAUUGGUGGGAGCAGCAUCGCCAGUGGUUCAGACUUUGCUAAAGAUGUGAAACUUCGAAAACCCCCAUCUUUGGCCUGUAUCUCAACCUCCACAAAUUCAAAUCCUACUGACUUUAGUCAUCAUCGCCUAUCCGCAUUUACACCAACGACCCAAUCUAGGCGUAUGAGCCUUUCUGGAGAUGAACCGGAAGGAUCUACGAUAAAUCCGAUCCCACCUUUCUUCUCUCCCGAUACCGUAUCCUCUCCCUGUGGAGGAGUAGGAAGUUUAGUUCCCUCUCAUUCCACUGCUGUCCCACUUCCUCACCCCACUGUCUCCGCUGCAUCCUCAGGAUUUUUUCAGGACAUUUGCAGUCUCUCGCAUUCCUCUUGUAGCAGCACUACUAACUCAUCUGAUCCGCAACCACCCAGUGGUCUCAUUCUCAAACCCGAUGGUUCUUCAGGCUGUCAGCAGCAUCACAACUGUUCAAUAGAGGCGGCAAAAUCACGUUGUCAGUCACAACCAGCAUGUGCUGCAGGUGUACCAACUUGUAAUUGUGGUUCUGUGGCCUCAGCAGAGUGUCUUUCACGUCAAGUGGGUUUGAAAAGACGGCGGUGUAGCCAUGACGUAGGUCUAAUAUGGGAGGCUGAUAGUGGAGCUUUCUUGUUUGGUUCUCAUCAGCAUGUCGGUUCAUUUGAUGCCCCUUCUUCUUUCAAUCCUGAUCUUCUAAUUUCUAACUCGGAAGGAGCGGGGUCGACCUUGAAUCAAGAAACGGUUUCAGUCAGCCCUCAGCUUCGUUCCCAAUCUGAUAUAAUCUUCCCGCAGGAUUCUGAGAGUGCUUUUAUUAUGUCCUGUCGUCGGAAAGAGCUUUCAGGACUUUCAGAGGCCAGCGAAGAAGAGGAAUCGAAUGAAGCCGCUCUCUUGCAACAGCAGUAUCCUUCAUGUUGUGCUCUGGAGGAAUACGAUGCAGGAACCCUAACACCACCGCCUCAAACCCGUUUCCGUCCAAUUAAUCCGGUUUCCUCUUCUGAAGAAGACGAGGAGAAUGGAAAUCUCCAUCACCAUCACAAUUCCUGUUCAACUGAAGGAUCUCCGUGUUCCUUCAAAGCAACUGCUGGAAAUAUCGUGCUAUCUAGCGAGGAAGGUGAGGAAGAUUCCCUCGAUGAGGAUGACUCCUUUGGAGGAAUAGCACCGGGCUUGAAUCACCGCAGACGGUACUCUCCUAUGCAGACAGAAGAAGCUUCUGCUGAGAAGUUUCGAGAGUUGGAUAUGGAUAUGAUUGAACAGGAUUGA